GCCGCCUGGAAGCCCCGUGCCCUCCCUCCGCCCCCGGGGACCCAGGCCCGGGCCCGGGCCGCCUGCUCGUCAACAAGCCGCCGUCGCCAUGUCCAACAACAUGGCCAAGAUCGCCGAGGCCCGCAAGACGGUGGAGCAGCUGAAACUGGAGGUCAACGUUGACCGCAUGAAGAUAUCCAAGGCUGCGGCCGAGCUGCUGGCCUUCUGCGAGGAGCACGCCAAGGAGGACCCGCUGGUAUCUCCGGUCCCGGCCGCGGAGAACCCGUUCCGGGAGAAGCGGCUCUUCUGCGUCCUCCUCUAAGCGCUCCGCGGCGGCCGGGUAACUCCCUUCUCUCCGACUAGGCUGGAAGCUCCCCGAGGGGAGGGGUCGUGUGUACUCACUCUGGUCGACUCUCCCGAGCGCCUAGUGCAGUGUUCUGCCCCACGGCAGGCGCUCAGUUUACACCGCUGACUGACUGAUGAAUUGAAUAAAGGCGACUGCGG